UGGAGAAUCGCACGACGACAGCUUCGAAAUGACAGCAUCUGUUCUCAGAGUGGCUCUGAAGAUGCGCAUGCUAGUGUGGCGGAGGCACGGUUGUGGAUUUCCUCUCCGAUGCCCCGGUGUCGUGAGGCGUUCGUUGUGCCGUGUGGCGUCUCCAUCUCCUCACAAGACUGCCUGACGGCCAACUCCUGGACCGGAACAACAAUGCAAUGUGACUGCUCCCCGGUAGGGGCGGAAUUUGCCUAG